AUGAGCAAUGACUCGGUGUCGGAGCCCCCUUCUUCUGUGGUGUCCUUCGGCUCGUACGCUGAUUUGCACACGUUCGCAUCCUCGUCUACUUCGUGCUCUUCGGUUGACUUCGGGUACAAUCCGUUCACUUCGUAUGGUCUACUUCUUGGCUCAGGCAACCAGGUGUGGCAUCCGCCCAUGCUUCCCCCCGACCAAUCUCCAUGUUUCAUACAUCCACCUAUGCUACUCCCUGACGAAUCAUCCGGUAUGUUCCUUCACCCACCCAUGCUUCACCAAGAUGACACGGACACGAUAUGA